AGCACUGUGUCUCCAAAGCGAAGCUGUUCAACGAACCGCAAAUAAAGCAGCAUUACGCACCACGAUGUGACGGAAAAGGAACGACUCUGCUCGUGGAGAGUUGGAUACAAAACUCUGUGAUAUUGUCGGGACCCUGUGUGCUCAUCAGGAGAAAUCGAACAACCUAUGUUAUGGGGUUGCUGUUUGAGGAGAUGCAUGUGUGCAGGUACUGCGUCUUAUGUGGGCUACACUCGGUUCGUACUGACCAGGAGCGUUACGCACAACAUAUCACCAUGCAUUAGUGAAAGGCAGUUCAGCACAGCCAGUCCUAGCUGUUUUGGAAUGGAAAACGGUGGCAAACAUCGAACAUGAUCCGAAAGCACAAAUUGGCGCUAGAAUGGAUUUAAAUCAGUUAGAUGUGUUGAUGGGGAACGUAUCCAAGGAUGAGAACACCACGGAAGCACCGCUUGGCUUGCCACACACCGGGGCAGCCACUGCGCUCAUCAUUUUUGUGGUUAUCAUCAUUAUUUCGGUGACCAUUGUCGGUAACGUGUUGGUGAUUGUAGCGGUGCUGACCAGUCGUGCUCUCCGUGCGCCCCAGAACCUUUUCUUGGUCUCCUUGGCAUCAGCGGACAUCCUGGUGGCCACACUGGUCAUCCCCUUCUCCCUCGUCAAUGAGGUCAUGGGCUACUGGUACUUUGGGAGUACUUGGUGCGCUUUUUACCUGGCUCUGGACGUUUUAUUCUGCACCUCAUCCAUCGUGCACAUGUGCGCGAUCAGCCUGGACCGCUACUGGUCAGUGACAAAGGCGGUCAGCUACAACCUGAAGCGGACGCCUAAGCGCAUCAAGUCAAUGAUCGCUAUAGUGUGGGUAAUAUCUUCUGUCAUCUCCUUCCCUCCUCUCCUCAUGACCAAACAUGAUGAACGGGAGUGUCUGCUGAACGAUGAGACCUGGUACAUCCUUUCCUCGUGCCUGGUGUCCUUCUUCGCUCCGGGUCUCAUAAUGAUUCUAGUUUACUGUAAGAUCUAUAAGGUUGCCAAACAGCGCUCCUCCACCGUAUUCGUGGCCAAAAACGGUCUGGAGAGGCAGCCCUCACAGUCCGAAACAUGUUUCGUCAGGAAUGACCGGUUUGAGACGGAGAGCCCGAGCAGCCAGAGCUCCGGGAGUCAACAGAGGAGGCAGGGGGAGCUGGAUGACAUAGACCUGGAGGAGAGCUGCUGUCCGUCGGAUACUAAACCCCGCAAUCAUCGCUUUAACAAGCGGAGAAAGGUGGAGGGGUCAGACUGCUGCCCGCCUCAGAACUGCCGUCUCUCCUGGGCUUCAGCCCGGGCGCUGCAGCUCCCCCCGGAGCAGAAGCACCCAGCUGCGCGACAACAGCUGGCCGCGGCCAACAAGACCAAGGUGGCCCAGAUGAGGGAAAAACGGUUCACCUUCGUGCUUGCUGUUGUGAUGGGGGUGUUUGUGCUUUGCUGGUUCCCCUUCUUCUUUACCUACAGCCUGCAUGCUAUCUGCAGAGAGAGCUGCUACAUCCCUGGUGCACUUUUCAACCUUUUUUUUUGGAUUGGCUACUGCAACAGUUCUGUGAACCCUAUAAUAUACACUAUUUUCAACAGGGAUUUCAGGAAAUCCUUCAAGAAAAUCGUAUGCAGAACUUCAAAACGCACUUAAGCAAAGGAAUCCUGUGGGCAAAAUGUUGCCAGUUUCACUCAAUGGGCAAAAGGGGUUAUAUAUAAGAACUCAUUCUUCUUCUACUGACUGUGUUCCCUCCCCACAUUCAUUUUAAUAUAUAGGCUAACUCGUCUGAAUAAAAUGUGAAGUUGCAAAACAAAAAGGUACAUAUGUUCAGUUCAUCAAGGUUUAAAAUUCGAUGCAAGCAUGCAUCAAACGCAGUUAAUCAAUCAUUAGAUGCAUAUGACACAGUUGUAAUAAUAGGUCAUUGUAUAAUAAGUCCUGCAACACGCACCUUUGAACAAGAAGUUCCUCUAUAAUGGAUCAAUAUUUCGUACUGCAGCAAGCCGGGGGGAAAAGCAACUUCAGGGUGAAAUUGAAGUCAUGAAUGAAGUUUAAAAUGCGUGAUUCCAGAGCUGGAGGCUGGUGCACAGUGGGUGUUUUGUGUAAAGAUAAAAAGAAGAUUACUCCCCAUCAUAUAAGAUAUGAGCAUGAGGAUAAGCAGGCUAGCAGCAUGCCUGUGCGUCAUGGGAAAAUAUAAAGAAUAAAAUCCUAUGGUUCAAAUGAUUUAUGUUUAUUAUCAUGUGGUAGAAAUGCUUGGUAAGUAUUUUAGACACACAUGUAUUUAAACUUGCUGCUGUUUAAGCUACAGCGAGGCCAUUUCUUAUCAGUGAACCCCCAAGCUUACAUAAGAGUAUAAUCUUAAACCCCCACUGCACCAUCACACCAGAACACAAUGUCCAAGCUGGGGCCUGUGCGUGCAAAAACUCAAUAAAUCUGUGUUUAAUUUCAACACCUCACAAUACCUCAACAAGAUUAAGGCCAUGCAAGAUCCCAUCCUGCUACAAAGCCUGAUUUUGGUUUCAUUCAUGUUACUGCAUGCUAAGAAAAAACACAUUUCAGUAGAUUUAAUUUGUCAUACUCCUGAACAUGCCAGAGGACAGAUAUUGUCACACAACAAAUAAAGAAAAACAGUCCCACUUCCAUCAAACAUCAAAUCUCCUUGGUUGAAUACGAGAGCUUAAUAUCCACACGCGUCUUUAAUCCUUUGCUUUAUAAAGCUGUAUUAAAGUCAUCUUCAUUAUUAAGAAAGCUAUGACAUACAUGAACAGGGAAUGUUUUGGUUGCUGCACAUUACUGUUCACCUCACAGGCUUGGUUGCUUCAUGAUGCAUCUGGGACCAAAACUGUAUAUGUAAUGUCUUUUUUUUUUGUAUGAAACAUGCAUGAGAAGUUCCUGUAUUUUCUUCUGGAAAAAAAGUAGUGAAAAGAAGGCUGGCCAGCUCCACAUCAGACUAUUGUCUGCAGGGGGGUGCUGCGGAUAGAUACACUAUUUAUAUCCUCUUAGGAAUGUCUUCAAAGCAUCUUACGGCUUACUGGCGCCUGCCAAAGAUAAUCACCCUGUUUGAAGGGUGUUGUGCUUAAAAGGAAUUUUUAAGAAGGUUAAUGAAUUUGUUUCUGUGAAGUAUGCACAUAUUCAUGAGGGUGUUGUUAAAAUAUCACUAAAGGCAAAAAGAGUGAAGGUGUUGGUAUAUUUCCUAUUCCACUUGACGUUCCGCACUAUUUUAUUCAUGAAGAUUAUCAGACAGUCUGGGAGAGGUUAGAGGAAGGAAAUGUUAUCUCAAAGGGACUCAUAAACUCUCUAAACAAAUGAAAUGUCUGGGUCGAGACACACUAACAGGAAGUGAUGAAAAAAGCAUUGUAUUUUCAUCUUGAACAAUUACUGGUAUGGAAUUGGUGUUAAUUGGAAUAUAUGUAAUUUGAAACUGUUGUGAAUAUGUUAAAUAAUGUCAUUUCUCUAGACAGCACUGUCAUUACUCUUAAAGCCUGUUGCAUUCUCUGAGGAGGAAAUAUUUACAUGAGCACUAUGUCAUUUUCUUCCCGAUUACCAUCUGACAAGAAGUCCAACUCCCUUGUUAAAUCUCACUUCCUAAAUCAAUUAGCUUUCCAAUCAUCUGCUCUGUUGCAGCAAAAUGAAACACAAUGCUGUCUUUAUGUUUCUUUCAGUUGGGUUUAAUCUCUCGAAGGAAUUUCUCGUGACACAGUUCAGCUCAGUUGCAUUUUUCCGACCAAAUUGAGAGUACUAACACGUAAAAACAGCAUAUCUUGUUAUAUAAUGGUUGUUCUCAAAUACAGUAGAGAUCUCUCACAACCCCCCACUAUUCAAGACAAAUGCUCUUGCUCUUGUUAUUGUAUUUGUAUUCAAGAUAAAAAUGAGUGUUGUUUGUAGUCUGUUUAUUUGGAGGCCUUAGUAUACCAAACUCUUUAUUCAUUCUAGACUGUAAACAAAGCGUGAGACUAUAGUUCAGGAAGAGAAAGCAGAGCUGUGACGCCUCCUCUCAAAGGGGGCGUCAAUCCAAAGGCUUAAAGAGAGCGAAGAGAAAGAUGAAGGGAAAGUUUUAUUUUGGGCAGUUUUUUUAAAGGAGGGUAGGAGUGGAUGGUCAGUGCAGACUGCCAGGGCUGUUGAGUGUCAGCACUGAAAGCAAUGCUAUUUGCAGUCACAUUUCCCCAAAGGAAAGAUGCUUAAAAUGUUUCAACAUCAGAGCAGCAUCUGAGGAUGAGAGAUGCUGAAGGAUGCCGAGAGCUGUUGUCCUCUGCUACGUUACCUUGUUUGUCAGGGACAAUGCUGCAUCUGCAGGUAAUUGCUUUUGUCAAUCGUCUCUAACAAGAUAAGGGUUGAAGGCGAGCAAGGCCAAAAGUGGCGUCAAUUCCAGGAAGCCGCCUAUCUUGAGAAGAAGAGCAAGUUUGUCAUUAGUGUAAAUCAGCUGGCGCCACGUCCAGAGUGUGGGAUUGAGCUCACUCCCUCCAGGUCGUUCUGAGAAAUAUAUACAGCCCUGUUAAACACAAUCACACUUGAGGUGUCAAAGGAAAUUAGAGAGCUGUGUGUUUUUAUCACUGCAUGCACACAUCCUCGAAAUUAAGACAAGUAACUUUGGCAGCCUUUGUAUUUUGAAGUAGCUAAAAAAAGCUGACCGAACUGAAAUCUCUUGGUUUGGUUAAAACAAUUUUUAUUCAAGGCUUAUUGGCUCAACAUCGUUCAAACAAACUGAAACUGAAGAAACAACUUUGUGUAGUAGUUGAUUAUUUGUGGUGCGUUGGAAAACCUAUUUACUUAGUGUAACCAUGGACACCUAAUCCAGAGACCUUCCUCCUCAUGUUGUUUUGCUUGAAUUCCUGCAUUAGGCACACAAAUAUUCAGGAAAGUGUAGUUGUUCAAAGGGAGAUGUGGCUGUGUCUAUUUGUUUAUCACAAUUUGUUCAUUCCUGAAUGAGCAUUGUAUAUUUAUUUUAGAAAAAAAAAAGUGUGCAAAUAUAUUUCCAUCCAAUCUCAUUCUACUUUAUAUUCAAGUCUUUGCAACUUCAAAAUAUUCACAAUGUUUCCACUACAUACAGAAUUGAGUGUGAUGAAAGGACGACAGAAAACAGAUGGUGCCAUUCAUAAAAACGUGUGUAUUGUAGACAUUAAGGCUUCUGUUUUUCCAAAUCAUUGUAUUGCUGUUGUCUGUCUUUAAAAAUCAGUGAAUAUAUUGUAUUCAUCCCCACACACUAUUCCGUAAAGUCAAUGUG